AUGGACAUAGUCGAAGUAACCAUGGAGGAAGAAGAGACAAUAGUUCCAAACAAGGAGGAACAACAGUCGAUUCAAAUCCAUGAUGAUUAUAAGAAUUCUGGUGCUGUUGCUCAGUGGGAGCAAUUCUUAAAGUCGGCUCACUACAGCUCAACCCUUCCUGCAGGAUAUCUCGAAGUUGACAAACUCCAAGAUGACCCAACAUUCUGCAUCCAAACCUUCCUUCCCCCCUUGGAAAUGGAAGCUCGGUGUGCAACUCUUAUUGCACAAUUCCACUCCUUCAAGGGCAUUCCUCAGCAAAGUCGACUACGUGUCUCCGAUCUUGCUUACUACAAUCUCGCACAUGACACUGCGGAGACCGAAGUUUGGCGUGGAAUUCUCAACUUUCGUCAACCCGAUGCGACAUGCAUCAAAGCUGUUCCUCAAUCUCAACAAAGCGGAGAUAGCUCCAUCGAAGAAGAUCGUGCUAGGGCAAGCUGGCACCCGGUCUUUGGCCACUUAGUUCGUCCUGCUCCUCGAGAGCCAAGCCUUAGAAGCUGGGGAUCGGAAGGUGACCUUGCUGCCUUUCGCUGUGAGGGUACCUCUGCAAGACUCACGCGCGCACCCACUUUUGGUAGUAGCACUGCUUCAGAUCGCGAAUGGGUCUCGAAUGUUCUAAACGGCUACCUCAACGUUUCGGACGAGUGGAUUGUAUACGAUGAGGCUGAUGCGUCUUCUCUCGGUCUUCCAGAGAGCGUUAUUAGCAAUUGCUCAGCUCUUAUCAAUCAUGAUCAUGAGUGCACCGCUCCCUCCAACCUCUUCCCUGCUUCGCCCGUCAUUAGUCUUGGUCCUGCUCCAGCUGCAACAGGUAUCGAAUAUACUGGCCCCAAUCCGUCAGCAACACUUGAUCAACGUCUCGACGAUCACGCAGAUGCGUCUAUUGCCAGCGACGAUGGAGACUUGGAGAGUGCUAGCCUUCGCAGAGCUGAGCGUCCCUACCUCGUCAUCUUCGUAAUUGUCAUUAUAUGCUUCGUUGCUGGCUCGAUUGCUGCUAUUGUUGGAGCAUUUGUUUUUGCUGCUAGAAGGGGUAUUCUUUAG